CAAUGUCUAGUGGUAAUCUGUGAAAAUGGUUCGCUAUUCACUUGAUCCGGAGAACCCCACAAAGUCAUGCAAAUCAAGAGGUUCCAAUCUUCGUGUUCACUUUAAGAACACACGUGAAACUGCUCAGGCCAUCAAGUGUAUGCAUAUACGAAAAGCCACAAAGUAUCUGAAAGAUGUCACUUUACAGAAACAGUGCGUACCAUUCCGACGUUACAGUGGUGGAGUUGGCAGGUGUACCCAGGCACAGCAAUGGGGCUGGACACAAGGUCGGUGGCCCAAAAAGAGUGCUGAAUUUUUGCCGCACAUGCUUAAAAAUGCAGAGAGUAAUGCUGAACUUAAGGGUUUAGAUGUAGAUUCUCUGGUCAUUGAGCACAUCCAAGUGAACAAAGCACCCAAGAUGCCCCGCCAGACCUACAGAGCUCAUGGUCGAAUUAACCCAUACAUGAGUUCUCCCUGCCACAUUGUGAUGUUCCUUAUUGAAAAGGAACAGAUUGUUCCUAAACCAGAAGAGGAGGCUGCCCAGAAGAAGAUAUCCCAGAAGAAACCGAAGAAACAAAAACUUACGGCACGGGAGUAAAUUCACCCUUAAAAUAAAUGCAACUAAAAGGAAAAAAAAAAAA